AGAUGAUGAGGAGCAAGGUAGACAAGCAACCACUCCGGGGUGGCACCAUCGCCAUGAUUGCUCACCAUCAAACAUCAGCAUCAUCAUCACUACCAACUUCGUUUGCAAGCGAAGGCAACCUCUCAACUUCCGCCUCCUUUUCAAUCCAUUGCUCUCUUCCAACUAUUAACAAAAACAUACUCACACUGCUCUUGCUCUUGCUCUUGCUCUUCAUCGGAUCCAAUGGCGGCUGCGCUAUUUCUGGUUCUUGUCUUAGCUCUGAGAGCUCUGCCCAUGCCUGCCCGUGCUCAGACUGACACUUGUGACGAUGAUCCUCGCCUCUUCCUCCCUAAUGCGUACAAUGCCACUGAAUUCCAUUGCACGCCUGUUUGGAACACCUUCAUUCUUAGGUAUUCCCAGAGUCAAGACAAUGUCUUGAGUGUUGUACUCUCUGCUGUAUACACGGUUGGGUGGGUUGGAAUGGGAUUCUCAAAGGAUGGUAUGAUGGUUGGUUCCAGUGCUAUGGUGGGUUGGAUUGGAAAAACAGGCAGAGCUCAUAUCAGACGAUACUAUUUACGUGGUCAGUCUAGUUCACAAGUCAUUGUGAAUGAAGGCCAGUUGCAAACAACUGAUGUUUCACCUAUGGUUAUUCUUUAUGGGGCCAACAUCUACUUGGCAUUUCAGUUGAAGUUCUCAGCUCCUCUUUCACAGCAGGAACUUCUUUUUGCUGUUGGGAGUAGAAUUCCGGUGAAUUACCGCCUUACAGAACAUGAUGAUAAGACAUCUGUUUCCUUUGAUUUUGCAGCAGGUUCAUCAUCUCCUUCAUCCUCCUACCCAUACCAACUGAAAAGGAACCAUGGUGCACUGAAUAUAUUUGGCUGGGGUGUACUGCUUCCAAUAGGAGCCAUUAUCGCAAGAUAUUGCAAGCAGUGGGAUCCGUUGUGGUUUUACCUUCAUGUUGGCAUUCAGUUUUUUGGAUUUAUAAUUGGCCUUUCUGGUAUUGUUUGUGGUGUUGCACUUUAUAAUAAGCUACAUUCAAGUGUUUCAGCACACAGGGGACUUGGCAUAUUCAUUUUUGUGCUUGGUAUUCUCCAGAUAAUUGCAUUUUUCCUAAGACCUGAUAAAGACUCAAAGAUUCGCAAAUAUUGGAACUGGUACCACCAUUGGUCUGGCAGGCUUGCCCUCUUCCUGGCAUCUGUUAACAUUGUUUAUGGAAUUCAAGUUGCUCAUGCUGGCAGUUCUUGGAAAGUUGGUUAUGGAAUCAAUCUUGCUUUUCUUCUGAUUGCAGUCAUAGUUCUAGAAAUACUGUCUUGGACAAGAUGGUCGCAGAAAACAGUUACGCCGCCUGCAUUCUAAACCAAAUAUUUAUCGUCUUCAAUGCAUGUACUCUUGUAAUGUGUUACAGAAAACCGACAAGAUGCUAAGAAACUCAGGCAGAUUUCUUUGAAGAGAGUACACUAUAUAGUGUUACAGAAUUGGGAUCCUUUUUUUCUGCAUGUCAUCAAAGCUAUAGGAAUUCCUAGAUUAAUGCUUGAUGUUUACCACAAUUGCAAGUUUGCAACCUCAUUGAACUUUACAUGUUCUCCUUAAUCUUGUGUAUUGUGUAAUUAACUACUUCUUGAGUGAGUGAGUAUAUCUGAUAUGAUGCAAGCCAUGAUUUUUGGCUUGUUACAUUUGUUCUCA